AUGUCGAUUCUCAUCACUGGCGCAGGCGGCUACGUUGGCCAGGAAUUGGCAGCAAGCCUUCUUGCUAGCACUCCAUCUUCCACGACGGUGACCAUCACUGAUGUCGUUGAGCCCGAGGUUCCAGAGGCAGCUAAGGAGCAUGCCAGCCGACUGACUUGUGUUCGUGCCGAUUUAACCUCGCCGAAGGAGGUCGAUGAGUUGAUCAGCGCCUCUCGCAAAUACGAGACUGUAUACCUCUUGCACGGUAUCAUGUCCAGUGGCGCUGAGGCCAACUUCGAGCUCGGCAUCAAAGUCAAUCUCGACUCUUCACGAUACAUCCUAGACCGACUACGCAUAACCCAGCCUGGAGUGAAGGUAGUCUUUACCUCCUCACUGGCAGUCUACGGCCCAGCACCGCCCGGUUUCCUGAUCAACGAGAAUAACUUCCCACCGGUGCCUUCCUCUUCCUACGGAUCGCAGAAGCUCAUUAUCGAGACCCUCGUGACCGACUACUCGCGACGUGGGUUCAUCGACGGACGUAGCGUGCGGCUACCCACAGUAACUGUCCGAGCCGGCAAGCCUACUCAGGCUGCAAGCAGUUUCGCCAGUGACAUUAUUCGCGAGCCCUUCCACGGCAAGAAGGCCAUCCUACCCGUGGGUAAAGAGACCGAGAUGUGGAUUUGCUCGCCACAUACCAUUAUCAAGAACUUGAUGCAUGCGCGCACCGUUCCCAAGGAUGCCUUUGGCGAGUCGCGUUCCGUGAAUCUGCCCGGUUUGAAGGUCAGUGUGCAGGAUAUGUUGGAUGCAUUGGAGCAGGUCGGUGGUAAGGAGCGACGGGCGUUGGUCGAGGAGAAAUACGAUGCUGCCACGGAUAAAAUCGUGCAGUCUUGGACACCUCAAUUUUCGAAUGAGCGGGCUUAUAAGCUUGGAUUUUCUGCAGAUGUUUCCAUGUUAGAAAAUAUCCAGCAGUUUGCGAGUAAAUUUGUAUGA